AUGGCCAGCGUGCUGUCCCGGCGCCUUGGUAAGCGGUCCCUCCUGGGAGCCCGGGUGUUGGGGCCCCCUGGGGCAGCCCCAUCCUCGGAGCCUCAGACUGAGCUGCUGGAAGGGGCGGCUACCCAGCCCUUCCUCGCCUCUAAGGACACUUCCUGCCGGGAACAGCCCAAGGAGAUCCUCAAGGCUCCUGGCCCCUCGGGCCUCCAGCAGGUGGCCUUUCAACCUGGGCAGAAGGUUUAUGUGUGGUACGGGGGUCAAGAGUGCACAGGACUAGUGGAGCAACAUAGUUGGGCAGAGGACAAGGUGACUGUCUGGCUUUUGGAUCAGAAGUUACAAAUCUGCUGUAAAGCGGAGGAGGUGUGGCUGGCUGAGCUGCAGGGCCCCAUUCCCCAGGCACCAGCCUAUAGGCCUGUCUCCAGGAACAUUGAUGUCCCAAAGAGGAAGUCGGAUGCAGUGGAAAUGGAUGAGAUGAUGGCGGCCAUGGUGCUGACGUCCCUGUCCUGCAGUCCAGUCGUGCAGAGCCCUCCUGGGGCUGAGGCCAACUUCUCUGUUUCCCGCGCGGCCUGUGAUCCUUGGAAGGAAAGCGGUGAUGUGUCGGACAGUGGCAGCAGCACCACCAGUGGGCACUGGAGUGCGAGCAGUGGCAUUUCUACGCCCUCACCUCCCCACCCCCAGGCCAGCCCCAAGUAUUUGGGGGAUGCCUUUGGUUCUCCCCAAACUGAUAACGGAUUUGAGACCGAUCCAGAUGCUUUCCUGUUGGAUGAACCAGCUCCACGCAAAAGAAAGAACUCUGUGAAGGUGAUGUACAAGUGCCUGUGGCCAAACUGUGGCAAAGUUCUGCGCUCAAUUGUGGGCAUCAAACGACACGUCAAAGCCCUCCACCUGGGAGACACUGUGGACUCCGACCAGUUCAAGCGGGAGGAGGAUUUCUACUACACAGAGGUGCAGAUGAAGGAGGAAGCUGCCGCUGGUGCCCCCACAGCUGACCCAGCCCCAACCCCCAGCAUGACCAGCCCGCCCCUUGCUCUCCUCCCACCACCUCCUCCCAAAACCCAGUCCUCAGGCCCAGAACACCCUGGCCUGGAGUCUUAUCUGCCCUCUGGUGCUCUCAGCAAGUCAGCUCCUGGCUCCUUCUGGCACAUUCAGGCCGACCAUGCAUACCAGGCUCUGCCAUCUUUCCAGAUUCCUGUGUCGCCACACAUCUACACCAGUAUUAGCUGGGCUGCUGCCCCCUCCACGGCCUCCUCCCUCUCUCCGGUCCGGAGCAGGUCACUAAGCUUCAGCGAGCCCCAGCAGCCUCCACCUGCAAUGAAAUCCCACCUGAUUGUUACUUCUCCACCCCGGGCCCAGAGCAGCGCCAGGAAAGCCCGUGGGGAGGCUAAGAAGUGCCGCAAAGUGUAUGGCAUCGAGCACCGGGACCAGUGGUGCACGGCCUGCCGCUGGAAGAAGGCCUGCCAGCGCUUCCUGGACUGA